CGAGCGAACGAAGUGUUAAAGGCAUCUGCCACAGCAAUAGGGAAGAUCCCCAACGAGAUACUCAGUGAAAUAUUUCGAUGUUAUGUCGAAAUGAACAGCCCCGUUUGGACCCUCAUAAAAGUAUCCACACAUUGGAGGCACAUUGCUCUUUCUCUGCCAUACCUCUGGAACGUCCUUACGAUCACAGACUUCCUGAACGGGCGAGGAUACGAACGCUUUGAAUAUUGCGGAGAUAUCUUCUACUGUGACGGUAGAACACACGCAUGCACUAGGCCAAGCGAGCUGCGUGACAUCGUUGAUCGAUGUGGAACUCUGCCACUAGACGUCUCUAUUCAGUGCUACACCCUCCACUACGCCACUAUUCUAAAUAUAACGAGCUGCAUUGAUUUGCUUUCUACUCGUUCAAUCAUGGAAAGAGUCACCUGCCUAAGGAUUGAUAUCAGUUCCCCUCUACUCAUGGCUAUGGAUUGUUUCAAGGCUUUGCCGUGUCGAAAUCUUCGACAUCUUGAAAUCCGACAAGAACUCCCAGAUAUGUGGAAAAACACCAUUCUCGAUUCAAUUUCCAAUACUGCAGUCAGCCUGCAGUCCUUUUCGACCACUACAACACUCGAAAGUUCCAUAUUUCCAGACCAUAUCUGGCUUGGUAUAAAAUCUAUUCAUCUUCAGCCAUGUUUUCCUAGCUCAAAUAUCGAUCUAUGGGUUCACAAAGUCUCCCAUAUUGAGCAGUUUUCAGGUCUACCUCGCUUUUGGCCAUCAAAAACGACGCCUAGGUGCACAUUCUCAAACCUUUUGAAGAUCUCCCUCCGGUGCACUCCUCAAGCGCUUCAUCGUCUGCAUCUUUCCGCUCUACAAGAUCUGACGAUAACGGACGGGAGAGAUCAACCCCUUGAACCAAACGAUCCUGUUCCUGAGCUAUCAAAAUAUGUGGCCCUUAAAUCGUUAACGGUGGACUCUUUCAGGCCAAAUCAAUGGCUCGCCAAUAUUUCAACACCCAAGCUAGAAAAUAUGAAGCUAGUUAUCAGAAGAUGCGAAGAACUCAAC